CGCGUAGAACAAUUGCGGGCUGUAACUGCAUUUUAUUAUUUUAUUUUAUUGAUAGUGCGCUGCGUAAGACAAACAUUUGUUAAUCCGCCGCUCACCGCAGCAGCCAGAAAGCAGCAAUGAAAACUCUCCUAAAACCGUGAAACAGCCAGUGCGAACCAGAAACUGUGUCGCCAUCGCCUGUGUGUGUGGGUGCAAAAAUAAAUGCAAAUUGUUGUAAAAAUGCCGUGCUUUGGUGUGCGUGUUGAUAAGUGCAAUACGCAAAAGUAAGAACAUUGAGGCAUAAAUUUCGUAUAAUUCGCAGCAGCGGAAGCUCCCCGAGAAUUCAAGCAAAAGCUAAGCCCGAAAAUGGAUAACGAGCAGCCGCAUCAGGAGUUGGUCAAGUGCGUCCUAGUGGGUGACACGGCGGUGGGCAAGACACGACUGAUCUGUGCACGGGCCUGCAACAAGCAUGUUUCGCUGUCGCAGCUACUCUCCACACACGUGCCGACCGUGUGGGCAAUCGAUCAGUAUCGCAUAUACAAAGAUGUACUUGAGCGGUCUUGGGAGGUGGUGGAUGGGGUAAAUGUCUCACUUCGUUUAUGGGACACAUUCGGGGACCACGACAAGGACCGUCGCUUUGCCUACGGCAGAUCCGAUGUGGUGCUGCUGUGCUUUUCCAUUGCCAGUCCGAUUUCCCUGCGCAACUGCAAGAUGAUGUGGUAUCCGGAAAUUCGCCGCUUUUGUCCGGAUGUGCCCGUCAUCCUAGUUGGCUGCAAGAACGACCUGCGCUAUAUGUAUCGCGAUGAGAAUUAUCUGUCGUAUUUCGGCGAGAAGGGAACCUUUGUUCGAGCCGCCCUGAAGAGCGACCUGGUUAUGCCCGACGAGGCGCGGGCCGUGGCCAAGGAGCUGGGCGUGGCCUACUACGAAACGAGCGUCUUUACCUAUUUCGGUGUAAACGAAGUAUUCGAGAAUGCUAUACGAUCGGCUUUGAUUGCUCGGCGACAGCAGCGCUUCUGGAUGACGAACCUGAAGAAGGUGCAGAAGCCGCUGCUGCAGGCACCGUUCCGGCCACCGAAGCCGCCACCACCAGAGGUCACCGUUAUGGUGGGCCACUACCGGCAGGACAUCUACAAUAUGUUCCUUUCGCAAGCCUACACCGAUCUCGUGCUGGUCGCUGGCGCCGGCACCAAAUUCGCCGUACAUAGAUUCAUGCUGGCUGCCGCCUCCAGCAUCUUCCAGCGCCUUUUAAGCACGGAGCUAAGCGACAUGGGCGGUCGGAGCAGCAGCGAAUCGAGCAUGGUCAGUUCCACGUUCGGAGAGGCCACCAUAGCGGACUUCAACGACGACACCGAGUCCCUCAUCCGCUACGAAUCACGCACACAACGCAUGUGGGAGCACUUGAAGCGUCGCUCCAGCUAUCAGGCCCUCCCCCUGAUGGAGUCCAAGCGGUCCAACGAUUUGUACAGGGAGCUGCAUCAUCCGGUGCUGCAAAGCAUCCGGCUGGUGCACGUGGAGAAUCAGCGCGGUGUGAACGGACUGCAGACCAUUGUCACCCUGAGCAAGCUCAUCUCGCCGCAGGCAUUGCACCAGUGCCUGAGAUUUAUAUACACCGGCACCAUUGACAAGGAUUGCAACAAUCUGCAGUUAUUACAGGAAAUCAGAGAGGCUGCCGAUCUCUUAGAGCUGCCGCAACUGACUCAGCUAUUGGCCAGGCCCCAAACCGUCUUGGAUAGCUGCUCCAGUGAUGAGCCCAAUCCGCACAUUUGUCUUCGCAUCAAGGAAAGCAUGGAGCGACAUUGCAUUGGCGACGGUUGCUUUAGCGAUGUAACCUUUGAGUUGGACGAUGGCCUAAUGAAGGCACACAGGGCGGUGCUGGUGGGUCGUUGUGAUGUCAUGCGAGCCAUGUUGCUGGGCGAUUUUCGAGAGGCGCAUUCCAAUGUGAUCGUAUUCCCUGGCGUUACAAUCUACACAUUCCACAAGCUGCUGUGUUACCUGUACACUGACCAGAUUCCGCCAAUAUCGGCCGUCAAGUGCCUGAAUCUGCUGGAGCUGGCCAAUCGCCUCUGCCUGCCGCGUCUCCUCAACCUGGUGGAGUGUCGCGUUAUCGAAGAUCUCACAUUAAUUUCCCAGAACGAAACCAAUGAAACGGUGGAUCACUGUCUAAAGCUGCUGGAGCCAGUAAAGCUGCACAACGCACAUCAGUUAGCCGAGUGGUGCAUGUCGUACCUGUGCGUCAAUUACAACCUUAUUUGUAAGUUCUCACUCAAGGGCCUUAAGGCUCUGCAUCAGGAUAAUCAGGAGUAUUUGCGCGAACAUCGCUGGCCGCCGGUGUGGUAUCUAAAGGAUUAUGACUACUAUCAGCGAUGUCUGAACGAGCUGAACAAGGAGCUGAAGCUGAAGAGCUCGCGACGAGAGUCGCCGAGUGAUGACGAGGGAUGCCUGUGCUUCACAGGAGUAUUCUCUUGCUGGCUGUUAGGCAAAUCGAAGCGCAGCCAUGGAGACGGAGGGAAUGGAACCGUGGAGAACAGCAACGCGGAUAAUCAAAUCUUCAACAGUGCCGGCAACUCGAUCAAUCACAUCGAUUUGGAGGCGGAUAUGGACCUGAAUCUCUGACACCCAGCCCUCGGGCAAGGAAGAUCACUGCGCUUCAUUGUGAUCCUGCCGGUCCUGAUCUGUUUCAUUUGCACGAUUUUAAGUAUCCUGAUACUUUUCCAAAUUCACACAUAACAAACCUCAAGGAUUCACCGUGGGAAUCGCGAGGGGCUUCUGACAUUACGCAUUAUCCAGUGGAGCGCAAAUUUGCCUUAGUGAUUACUGAAUACACAAGUCCAACAUAGAACAACGGAGUACGUUCUGCAGUGCUUCGGAUUUCUUAUAUUUAUACGCCUGAAAUAUAUGCAUAAUGCAAGAGCAUAGGACGAGCAUUCUGCACAUGCACCUCGGCGCUCGUCGCUGUAUUGCCUUACGAGAUAUACCGGUGUGCACACCCAUCUUCGGAUCGGGGGCAGGUGUGCACAUCCCUAUGUCUGUACCUUUACCUAAAACAUGUAUGUAAUGUAUAUUUUUGAAUUCCUACUUACUUGGAAACAUUUGUCUAGCCAUAGCUAUAAGCGAGUACUUUAACAAUAAGGACGCAUUUUGUACAGAAUGAUAGAAUAAAGCAAUUACGAACAAAA